CCACGUCCCCGUCGCAAGCGCAUCGUGGUGGCGGUGAUAGAUGCAACCGGGGCACCGGUCGCUACCUCACUUCUGCUCCAUCUCAAGAAGCUGGGCGUAGAAUCGCACUUGAUUCUCUCCACCUGGGGCUCGGCGACUCUGAAAUACGAGCUGGAAGCACCAAAUAACACCGCCGCCUACCUAGCAUCGUUGGCCCACCACUCGUAUUCUCCCCGAGAUGUCUCUGCUUCUCUUUCAUCCGGAUCCUUUCGAACGGAUGGAAUGAUGGUCGCGCCGUGCAGCAUGAAGACGUUGGCCGGCAUCAGGAUGGGCUAUGACAAUGAUUUGAUCACGAAAUCAGCCGGCGUAACGCUGAAAGAACGACCGAGGCUCGUUCUUGUGGCUAGGGAAACUCCAUUAAGCAGCAUUCAUCUUGAGAAUAUGCUUAAAGUUACCAGAGCAGGGGCGGUCGUAUUUCCACCCAUGAUGACAUUUUACACAAGGCCCAAGGCGGUGCAGGAUCUGGUGGAGCAGAGUGUGCGACGGAUGAUCGAUCUCUUAGACUUGGGUAUCGAAGAACGCGAUGAAGCGGAUGGAUAUGGGAGAUGGAAC